AGUAUUAGUCGUUGACAUAGAAUCCAUUUCCUUGUUGUCUUUGAUUCUUUUGUCAAGUACGUCACGUCACUGAUCUUUUGAUAUGUUUUCAGUAUGGUUUUAAUGAUAAAAAGUUCUAGGGUUAAUAUGGGGCUUUCAAGCAUCAAGAUCUUGCUUUUUGACACAAAUGCAGAAUUUGGGUGUAGGUAAUCAUUUGGUUUUCCUUUUUUCAACCUUCUCCAUUUUAACGACCUUCUGUGAAAUCAUGUGCUUCAGGAAUCUGGCUGUUGUGUUUUUUCUGUUACUCUUUUUAUAUCUCCUUUUUUCCCAUACGAUAAUCACAUGCAAUGGCACUUCAUUUUAAGAGAACUGUGUGUCAGGCAUGGUUACCUGACAUGCAUGUUCCGUUGCUUAAUUGGGGAAAACCCAAUUAGGCAAAAGAUUUAUUCAUUAACAUGGUAAGUUGCAAAGAAACUGACAGUUUUUUACCUCUACUUGCUGGAUUGUAUUAGGCUUCUUUUUAGCUUAUUAUAGUUGUUGCAUUUGCCUCUAUUCCAGAAACAGCUGAAUGCUAUUUGAAGUUAGUUAUUUGGAAAACUCUUACGGACCUUGUUUAGGUGCCUACUAGGUAACGACUGAACAUGGGGAAAUGACCUACCUUGCAGGAAAGCCAUACCGUCCAUCAGGUGGCAAUUCCUGAUCUGAUCUUCAAAAUCUGGUCACCAUGCGUCCGUCAGCACUUGUCUCUCCACCUUGUAUCGACUUAAAUGCAGGUGAUGUGGAGAUGGUGAUGCAUUUGGAGCGAAUGCAUCAUGGGGAUCUUCCCCCUGUUAACGUGAUUACAGAAGUGAAUCCUUACACAGUUGCACCCGAUAAUUUGCCUGAGAGGAUGUUGUACCUUUGCAAUUUGGAGGACCCAAGAGCUGAAGCUAGACUGGAGGGAUACUGGCAGCCCAGGGGGAAAGACGAUAGAAUAUCGACGAAUUCUCCUACUGUAGGUUGGAAGACUACUUUGGAAUUCCAUACUGGACAAGCUCCCAAUGGAGUAAAAACUGACUGGUUGAUGCAUGAGUACCGGAUGGGACAAAGGGGUUCCAGUUCGUUAUGCAGAGUUUUUCUCAAUAAUGGUAGCCAAGGUGACACUGAAGUGGACGUUGAAGGAAUAUUGAUGCGUAUGUUGGAAACUGAGGAUAAUGAAAGCACAAACAGUUCCCAGGUUGUCAGUAGGAAGGAGCAUGGGCAACCAGAUGUUUCCACAAAUCAUCCACAUGAUAUGGGACUUGAUCAUUUUCCCUUAUACCCUCCAGAAGGCUAUGAUUUUUCGACAGAAGAUUAUUUGGAAUUGGAUGAUCUUCCGACAUCUUCUUCCAUUUCAGAAAGCACCUGCAUUGCAUCCAUGACUUCAGAUGAUUACUUCGAUUCAGAGGCCCUGAUGUGUUAUCUGGAGAAUGAAAAUAUGACUGCAAAUGUCCCGAACACAGAGCAACGGCGUGAUGAUUGCAGGUUCAAUGUUUCUGCUUCUCAGGGACCACAUCAGAUGGUUAUACAGCCACCGCCUUCAGGCUCCCUGCGCAGCAACAACAACCGGCAGACCAAAGAAACCAUGGUUUCUGCCACAAUGCCCAAAAAAUUGAGGGUCCGAGAUGCUCCUCUUCGCAUUUCUGCAUCUACUGAACCACAACCCAAUCUAAAGGUCCGGAAUCAUGGGCCCAAGGUGAAUAUGGCAAAUGAAGGUCCUUCAAAUGAGCAAGGCAGGACUUCACAUCAUGUCCCGGGAGAAAGGAAGACUGAUGGUUGGAUGGCGAAGCUCAGGAGGAAAUAUUGCUGCUUCUUUCCUAUUUAGAUUUUCUAUUUCUCUAUCAGGUAUAUAUAUUUACAUUAUUUUUCUGAAAAAAAUUAGGUGAUCUUCUCCCCCAAGGGGAUAAAAGGAGUGAAAAUAGGAUAAUAUAUAUAUCCCUCAAAUACAAUUAGUUGGCCCGGUAAGUCAAUCGUCCAACUAGUACACUAUUGUCUGUGUGAUGGGUGCAUGACAUCUAGUCUGUUCAGCAUGUUGGCCCCACCAUGAAUGUUGAUCGAUCCGCUCAUCAGUUGGGUUGCUCUUAUAAUUUUCUUUGUAUUGGCACCUGUCCAUUGUUUUCUAGCCUGCAAGCUUGAUUUUCCACCAGGUGCUUGUCAGGCCAGGGCCAACCGUUUUUUAUGGAUCUUUUCUUUUCUUGAAAGGUAACACUACUGAGGAUUGAACCCUAGAUCACUCACACUACAGUCUCUAACAGCUCGUCUAAUGAGUAGGAGUUUAUGGGUUGGAUCUUGUAUGUAAUUUGCACUAGUUGGACGAUGUACUUGUCAUUGAACCAGUAGCAUCAUCUCAAAUUGUAGAAAUAGUACCUCUAUUUUCACCACUGUUUUCAUGUUGUCCUUGUGUUCAUAGUACUUUAUAUAUGUAGAGUCAUAAACCCGACUAAACCUUCCUUUUGUUUGUAUAAAUGAGUGAGAGAAAUGACCUUUGUGUUAUUAUAAAUACGGAUACUAUUAGGAAAUGUGAUGUGUAAGAUGAUUGGAUUUUGCUAUUAAUGUGCCUUGUUUGUGUUUUAGGA